AUGCCAACUCAGCACUACCCCGUCCCCAAGUUUUACGCAUCGGGGACAGGGAGAGAUCUGUACCUUGAUCCAAGGAAUGGCCAGGGCUCGCAGGACGACGGAGCGCUCAAACGAGCUCAUCGCCGGACCAUCCGCUUCAGGGACUUUGACAGCGACGCUGAAGUCAGCCUGCGAUGGUGGAGUCAUCUGCCAGCGGGAGGAGAAUUCAAGUCAAGAAUUCAGAGGGAGCGUGCUAUGGCGAGCAGGCUCUCUUCGAUCCAUCCCGGCUCCAAGUCUAAGUCGAGGACAAGGCUAACUUCUAGUUUGAACCUAACCAUGGAAGAAAGGCUGGCCCUCGAGAAGUUCAAUCCGUUCAGCCCUCAUCAAAGAACGAUCAGAGAUUUCUCGGUGCUUGCUGCUUCGCUUGUAACCCGACCCAGUUAG